UCCUUCUUAGCUAUUUGGUAAGUUCGAAGCCAGCCUGGGCUUCCUGAGACCCUGUCUCAAAAACAAAGCCCUGAAUUACACCUGUCACCCCAGCAUUUGGGAAGUAGAGACUGGAAAAUCAGAAAUUUUCGGCAACAUAGCAAGUUCGAGAGCAGCCUGGGAUAUAUGAGAAACAAACAAAAAACUCCUGAAAGUGAUCCGCGAAAGAACAUAACCGAGAUCUAUUCUGUUCAACAUUCGGCCCUAUUUCCUUUUCCACCGCAUGUUUCCCUCCGGAGGACAAUGAGGUGAGAACCGCUUCCGGCUGAGGAAACAUGGCAGCGACCUACAGUAGGGACCACAUUUGGGACAGGACCAUACGGCACUUCCGUUUGCAUCCCAGCCUCUGGAUGGUGUGGUACUGCUGAGUUCCAGCCAUGGGGUCUUCGGGCCUGGCUCGACUGCAGGGGCUCUUCGCGGUCUACAAACCUCCGGGGCUGAAAUGGCUGCACUUGCGGGAGACCGUGGAGCUGCAGCUGCUUAAAGGUCUCAAUGCAUCAGCGAAGCCUCCUGCUCCGGAACAGCGAGUUCGCUUCUUGCUAGGCCCUGUGGAAGGCAGUGAAGAGAAGAAGUUGACUCUCACAGCCACCAGCGUGCCCACCCUCACUACCCACAGACUUGUACGUGGCCCAGCGUUCACCAGCCUGAAGAUUGGUGUUGGACAUCGCUUGGAUGCCCAGGCUUCUGGUGUUCUUGUGCUCGCCGUGGGACAUGGUUGCAGACUCCUCACUGACAUGUAUGAUGCUCACCUCACCAAGGAUUACACAGUGCGUGGCCUCCUAGGCAGAGCUACAGACAACUUCUGUGAAGAUGGGCGGCUCAUAGAGAAGACAACAUACGACCAUGUGACCAGAGAACGGCUGGACCGGAUCCUGGCUAUAAUCCAAGGCUCCCACCAAAAGGCACUGGUGAUGUACUCCAACCUGGACCUGAAGUCCCAGGAGGCCUAUGAGAUGGCUGUGCAAGGUGUGAUCCGGCCCAUGAACAAGUCCCCAAUGCUCAUCUCUGGCAUCCGCUGCCUGCACUUUGCACCUCCCGAGUUCCUUUUAGAGGUGCAGUGUAUGCAUGAGACGCAGCAGCAGCUGAGGAGGCUGGUGCAUGAAAUCGGCCUGGAGCUGAGGACCACCGCUGUCUGCGUGCAAGUGCGGCGUACUCGGGAUGGCUUCUUCAGACUGGAUGAUGCCCUCCUGAGAACGCAGUGGGACCUACACAGCAUCCAGGAUGCCAUCCAGGCUGCAGCCCCCCGGGUGGCAGCAGAGCUGAAAAAGAACUUGAGACUAAGGUUGGGCCACCAGCAGCUCCCCAGUGCUGGGCAGCCUUGUGGAUUCAAGGACCCAAGCUCCACUUUGGGGGUGGAAAGCUCUGUGGGGCAGUGAAUGCCCGGAUGUGGGUGGGCAAAGACAAAGGCUUUUUACAAGUCAGAGCUGAUGACCGUGCAGAGAGUGAUCUCAAGGGCCUGAGCAGUGCCCACGCCUGCCAUCCCAGCAAAACGGAAAAAGGGGAAAAGGGAGUCUUUCUACUUGAGACACAGACUAACUGCGGAGAUGAGCUCUGUGUGGCAGCAGGGCCUAUCAUCUUGGCUAUUUGGGAAGCUCAGGCUAGAAUCUUGAGAGUUUAAGGCUAGCCUAGGGUUACACAGUGAAACCAUGUCUCAAAAGUCAAAUCAGAGUCGACUUGUAAUUGAAGCACUCCAGAGGUAGAAACAGAAGAUCAGAAGUUCAAGGUCAUCCUGGCCACAAUGAGUUUAAGACCAGUCUGGGCUGUUUCCAGUGUUUAGUUUUCAGAGAUGGGGAAUGUCACCCCAACACCUAAUGACCACUGGUGAUUUAUUUAGAUUCAUAUGACUGAUUUAGCUGAAUGUAUUUCUACCCUAGGGAAAAGUCUUUCCACUGUUUCAAGGUGGUGUCUCACACCUGUGAUCUCAGUACUAUGCUGAGGCAGAAGGAUGACUCUGAGUUUAAGGCCAGCCUGAACUUUCUGGAGUACUUUAUAGUACAUGUCAGUAUUUAAUCUUUUGGUCAGUCAUAGUGGUUACAGACCUGUAAUCACCACGUGGGUGGUGGAGGCAGGGGGAUCAGGAAUUCAAGGUCAUCUUUGGCUGCAUGAGUUCUAGGGUACAUGAAACCCUAUCUCCAAAAUAAAAAGCCCCAAAUUACUUUUAAAAGGUUUAUUUUUAUGCAUGUGAGUGUUUGCAUAUGUGUUGUGUGUAUGCACCACAUGCAUCAUGAAGGCUAGAAAAGGGCGGAGCCCUGGAGCUGGACUUGCAAGCAGUGUGAGCCACCACAGGGAUGCUGGGAAUGGACCACUGGUCAUCUGGAAGAGCAGCCAGUGUUCUUAACCACUGACUCAUCUCCUCAGCUUCCUGAAUUUAAUCUAAUCCCUUGCCUUAUGUAACUAACCACUCUGGCUGUGAACAGUUACAGACUGAUAAUUGUUUGUGUCUACAAGUAAAAAAAAAAACAAAACAGCAGAAAAGCAGGGGCUGUGGCGCAGUCUCAGCAUGGUACUGAUGGAAGGCUGCUGCGGAGAAGACACACACACACAAGGAUUUGUUGUUGUUGUUUUGUUUUGUUUUUUUCCGAGACAGGGUUUCUCUGUGUAGUUUUGAUGCCUGUCCUGGAUCUCGCUCUGUAGUCCAGGCUGGCCUCGAACUCACAGAGAUCCACCUGGCUCUGCUUCCCGAGUGCUGGGAUUAAAGGCCUGCACCACCGCCGCCCGGCUACAAGUCAUCUAUUUUUUAUGAGUCCCUGAGACCAAUUAGUGUGGGACACAUGUAUGGGUAUCCACAGUCUACUAUGAGCUACGCUCCUGAAGAAAAACAGUUCUCUCUCCAUAGCCAUCUCUCCAGCAGCCUAUCAAUCACCUAUGAGGGCUCAAGAUGGCGGGUCCCAUUAACCCCUUCCAUCCUUGCUGAGUGUUGACUGGCUUGAUCUUAUUGUGCAGGCAACCAAAGCUGCUGUGAGACUAUGUCAUGCCCAGAAGACAUUUUCACAGUAGUGUCCCCAGUCUCUGGCUUCUGUCAUCUUGCAGCUCUCUCUUCUGUGACGUGCCAAGCCCUGAAGGAGAUGGUGUGGUAUAGAUGUCUCAUUUAGGGCAGUCCCUCCACGGUCACUCUCUGCCCUUUGAACGUCCAUGAAUCUCUUGUUAAUUCCUGUCCCCUGAAUGGAGAGUGAUGAGUUCCUGAUAGGGUCUGAGAGCUGCCCUGGUCUAUUUGUGUAAAGAUAGAUAUUUAGAGGGCGGUUGAACAAGACAGUAGUCGUAGCUUCUCUCCUAGGACCUAGGACCUCUUCAGCCAUGGAUUCUUGGUCAGAUUUAUAGUGCCAGGCACGAGCCCCUGCUGUGGAGUGGGCUUCAUGUCUGAACAGGAAAUGGUUGGUUGCCACCAUCAUAUGGAUACCACUGUUGCACUAAUACACAUAUAUCUAGCCAA